AUGCUCAACCUCUACAAAGAGACAGCUAUUGAGGUCAAAUCAACUACUUCGCCUAGCCAUACAGAUAUCCAGAUACCCAGAGCGAAUGGUUCCUACGACAGAUCGAAGUUCUCGAAGAAGCCUGAAAGACAUGACCGAUUGGCGGUGGACGAAAAGAGCUACGCCGCAGAAUACCUAGCUGCCUCGAGCUCAGUAUUCAUUCGACGAGAAUCUUCCUACCCACGCUCUUUUGCCUGGCGCGUCGUCUCGCAACAGAGAGUGCUCGAGAUCUCCAACGUCGACUUUGCGCGCAACGACAAAGAUCGUGAAGCCGACAGGACAUUAGCCUUCGAAUUCCAGGAUCAGAUAUCACCUCGAGGAGUGAGCAUCUGCGAUUCGAGUACGGGCAGUGAAUUCCAUAUCUUUGUCCUGACGCAGGAGAACGAGGUUUUUGAACUUCGUCUACAGAUCAAGUUCUUUCAGGAUGCGAAGUCUAUUCCGCCAGACACCAGUUCCUGGUGCACACCCAUUCGAGCUUCCUCCCUGUCGAUAGAUCGAGCAUUUCAGCUUCAUGUGGACAACCCUCACGACCUGUUCGUGUCCUUUGCGAGCGGCAAGGUGCAGCAUUGGAAAAGAGACGGCACUGAUUCACAAUGGACGCACAUUAACUAUGAUGACAAGACGUGGGGCGCAGCACUAUUCAGCAUUGUCAGUCGGAAAGUGCAUGCAGAUAUUGACUUCGAAGGCAUGCGUCUAGCACACAAUACCACUCAUGCCAUGAUAAGAUCUGGUCAAUACCUCUUCACUGCCUGCCUCAAUCAUACUCUUCGAGUUUGGCACUUGGAUUCAGGUAGACUGGUAGAUUCGAGGGAUUUGCUAGACCAAGCUAGAGAUCCACAUGAUAAUGUUCAGCUCAACCCAGCUGAGCCAGGUUACAUACAAUUCCUCGAGGGCACCAACAAGCAGGAACGAAUUCUUUUGACAUGCUCACCUCUCAAUGGAGGUCAAAUCAAACUUUGGCGUGUGAAGAACGCCUUUGCCGACGAGGCUGAGUUGUUCAGCAUUGAAGAUAUGGCGCCAAACUCAGUACUUUCCCUACCAGAUCCAGAUCCUUCAGGCAGUAGUGUCUGGUCUCUCACUGGUCUACGUCUGAUCUUUGACAAACAUACCAAGGAUUGGCAGGCCUGGGUUCUGUGGAGGAAUCACAAUUACCACAAGGUUUAUACCUUAAAUUUCAGCUUCACCGAUAUCUCCAGCCAGUGGUCGAAGGAGUGGGUGAGCGUUUCAGCUGUCAGCACUAAAUCUCCAGGACCUGAUUUUGUGCCAACUGAUGCGCACGACGUUAGCUCUAAAUGGCUCGAUUACCUCUUGUUUCCUCGUCGUUACUCGAGUGCAGCCAUUGAGACUGCACUUGCCCAAUACUCGACUGCUUUGGACACUCGCUUAUCGGCUAGUGAUCGACGAAAGUCACUUCGAGAACGCCUCGCUCUCCUGAUCGGAUCACAGGUAAAGCUUCGCAGCUAUGAUGAGUCCACCAUGGACUAUGAUCGUUAUGCUGUGGACACUGAUCAACAAUGGCGGCAAUUCUGGCGCAUUCUCGAGAACCUGAACGAAGGUAGAUAUGCACCGCUGGCACUGGCAUUGGACGCGAGUAGUGGCAUGGUCAUGAUUACAAUGGCCGAUUUAUGCUGCGAGGUUCGAGAGUGCAACAACCUGGAGUUGUUGGACACCAAUGAAGUUGCUGAUAUAGAACUAAUGCCUCAGAUAGUCCGCAGUCGAUGGCCUUAUCGAAGGCUUCUGUUCAAUAUACAAGAAGCAGUGCCGGCUGUGGUGGUUCUCUCAGCAGCCCAAAAAUUUUUCAGCUCUUUUCCACCAGACUUGGCUGUCAACUUCGGGCAAACUCUCGAUGAGGAUCUUUACACCAAAUCAGACCUGCCAACAUCGGACAGAAUCGUCAACUUCUUCAACGAGAUCGACUUCGCCAACGCUGUCCCCGAUGAUGUUGAGAAAGAGCUUAACAAGAACCUGUCCGAGAUAGGAGGCGCAGAAGCUAUUUCAAACGAUAUUUAUGCGUUGUUGUUGAAGCUCAUCGUCGAGCAUAAAGUUACAAGAACAAAACCGCAUCACACCAAAACAGAAUUUGGCCUCGAUCUCACUUUUGCGGCUCUGCUGAAAGAAAUCGUUGCUACUCGGCAGGCACUUCUUAGCCUGCUUGCUGUGGUCAUUUUCCUUGACGGAAACGAACAGUUCAACACAUGCCGCUUCUUUGACGAGUUAGUGUUACGCCUGCGAACCCAGGAGCGGAACUUGUGGCUUGCAACGCACUACAGAUCGAAGAAAUCAACGUCAGGAGACAAUAAAGCAGCACCUAUGUCAAUCUUGCAGGACAUAUAUGCACAGAUAUGCCGUCCCCAAUCAACCGACCACCAUCCUAUGCCUUUCGUGCUUACUCAGCACAUCAUGGACAAUCUGGAAUUUGUGUCUGGUGAGUCGGAUCUUCCUCCUGGAGAAGCUGCCGUCUAUUUUCAAUGCAAUCUGCUGAAGCAUGGAGAGGUCGAAUUGGCCAGUGAUUUUCUCAAGUUUCAACCACCUACAGCAUUCUCAACGUACAUAAAAGGCCGACUCAGUCUCGCCCUUGGCAACUACAAAGAAGCCAGCUUGUACUUUCAGGAAGCAGCUGAUAGCCUUGCCAGAGGCAAAGCUUUGGGUAAGCUAGAUGAAUUUUCGUGUGGCCUGCUCACUGCUCAAGAGGCAGCAUGCUUUUAUGGUGGUCUACCACUCUACUUGCAGCAUAUAGUGACACUCUUCGAAGAAGCGAAGGCGUUCAACGAAGCUGCUGAUGUCGCUCGGCGCACCUUAGACGCCCUCGAGUCAGAAGACGGUGAGCCUCUGCCGAACUUUAGACAGAGCGUGCUUCUGCGGUUGUUUAACUCGGAGCUCAAAUGCGCCCGUUUCGAACAGGCUUGUGACGCACUUGUACGAUUCUCGGAUUUAGUACUACAGCGAACUUCAGCGACAGACCUAGUCAACACGAUGCUCGACUCAGCCUCGUCACUUUCGGACUCCCUCGGUGUCGUUAAACAAAUUCAAGACCUGCCACUUUCAACCCAUCCGAACCUUGCGAACCACGUUGACCACCAUCUUGCCUCAUUGGCUAAGAAGCAGACCUCGAUCCCUUCAGCUGGCGGCCUGUGGCUAUCGAACACGCCCACCGACUACCUGAGUAUCUUGCACGCGUUGAGACUUUUCAAGAAGGACUAUCGAGGUGCUGUUUCCGUGCUCUUUGAUCGACUGCGCCUCAUACAGAAGUCAGGUCGGGCUAGAAGUGACCCUAAGGCUACUAGCCUGAGACAUGCACUGCUAGCCAUUAUCAACACUAUGACCUGCGUGAAAGAGGAUGAGGCGUAUAUUGUGACAGACAGUGCAGAGAAUCCACGACUUGCGAGUCAUGCGAAAGGGUUGAAGAGACUACAUGAGCCGGACAGUGACGACCAGGAUCCUAGGCGGAAGCGCACAAGAGUUGUUGUGACUCUGGACGAUUUCAGACGAGAAUAUCAAAGAGUACUGGAUCGGUGUAGUCGAAUUGAAAGAGGUGACUUCGAAUACGGCCACGAAAGUGAAGACGAAAGUGAUGAGGAGCCGGAGAAAAGCUACCAGGGGUCAAAGCUGGUCAUUGAUCGCAGCAAGAAGGAUGAGACGUUGCGCCUGACGAAUGGUGAUGCGAUGCAAUUGUCAUGA